GUGUAUUUUUAUAAAGACAGGAAGCAGCGCGUGCACAGGAGAGAAACACAUGUAAUCCUGGGGGAUACGACCUCAAAAUGAGUGUGUGUGGGGAACAGGACACAAAGAAAGACGAGAGUCUGAUUCAGGGUAAGAGAUCAGACUCACCUGAACCCAGCUGUGUGUCCAUGAAGAGUGACCAGUCAAUGGGUCCUCUAAUAACCUUUAGAGACACAGACUGUGUUACUGAUCGGAGACCACAGAAGAAUAAACCAAACAUCACUGAGAAGAGUCAGUUGGAGAAACUAUUUAAGGAGCUGGAGCACAAAGUCAUCACUCUGUUAAAGAAUGAGCUGAAGAGAUUUAAGAAGCUCCUGAGUCCAGAUUACCCAGCAUGCACUGAGAGGGAGGUGGAGGAUGAGGAGGAUCAGAGCAGUGUCAGAAUGUCAGCGCUGAAGAUCACACUGCACGUCCUGAAGAACAUGAACCACACAGAUCUCGCUAACACACUGCAGAACAGACUCGUCUCUGUGUACCGGCGAAACCUUAAAUCCAAACUGAGUGAGAAAUAUAAAAGAAUAAAUGAAGGAAUCUCACAGCAUGGAAGCUCAGCACUUCUGAAUGAGAUCUACACAGAGCUUUACAUCACAGAGGGGUGGAGUGGAGACAUUAAUAAUGAACAUGAGGUGAGACAGAUUGAGACAGCAUCCAGGAGACCAGCAACACAGGAGACAUCCAUUAAAUGUAAUGAGCUCUUUAAAGACAAGUCCAUCAGAAGUGUGCUGACUAAAGGAGUUGCUGGAAUUGGAAAAACAGUCUCUGUGCAGAAGUUCAUUCUGGACUGGGCUGAAGGAAAAGCAAAUCAGGACGUGACCUUCAUGUUUCCACUUCCCUUUAGAAAGCUGAAUCUGAUGAAGCAGAAACAUCUCAGUCUAAUGGAUCUUCUUCAUCACUUUUUCCCAGAAAUCAAAGGAUUAAAAUUAAUAGACUGUGAGGUCAACAAAGUUCUGUUCAUCUUUGAUGGUAUGGAUGAGUGUCGACUUCCUCUAAAUUUCCAGAAUGAGAGAUUGUUUGAUGUGACAGAGUCAGCCUCAGUGGAUGUGCUGCUUACAAACCUCAUCAAGGGGAACCUGCUUCCCUCUGCUCUCCUCUGGAUCACCUCUCGACCAGGAGCAGCCAAUCAGAUCCCUCCUGAGUGUGUAGACCAGGUAACAGAGGUACGAGGGUUCAGUGAUCCUCAGAAAGACGAGUACUUCAGGAAGAGGAUGGAUGAUCAGAGCCUGGCCAAUGAAAUCAUCUCACACAUGAAGUCUUCAAGAAGCCUCUACAUCAUGUGUCACAUCCCAGUCUUCUGCUGGAUCUCAGCCACUGUUCUAGAGAGAAUGUUGGGAGGAACAGAGAGUAGAGAGAUCCCCAAGACUCUGACUCAAAUGUUCACACACUUCCUGAUCUUUCAGAUCAAACACAAGGACCAAAAGGAUGAUCAGAAAUGUAAUCCUGAUCCUCAGCAGACCAGAGAGAGUAUCCUGGCACUGGGCAAACUGGCUUUCCAGCAGCUGGAGAAAGGAAACCUGAUCUUCUAUGAGGUAGACCUGAGAGAGUGUGGCAUUGAUGUCAGAGAAGUGUCCGUGUACUCAGGAGUGUGUACCCAAAUCUUUAGAGAGGAGUUUGGGCUUCACCUGGGGAAGGUGUUCAGCUUUGUACAUUUGAGUGUUCAGGAGUUUCUGGCUGCUUUAUACACAUUUCUCUCUUUCAUCAACAAAAAGACUACAAAACAACAAACCACUGAUCUGUCUGAUCUUUUCUCCAAAUCAAACAUGUCUGACUUCCUGAAGGGUGCAGUGGACAAGGCCUUACAGAGUAAGAAUGGACACCUAGACCUUUUCAUUCGCUUCCUCCUGGGUCUCUCACUCGAGUCCAAUCAGACUCUCUUACGAGACCUACUGCCCCAGACAGGAAGCAGAUCUCACAGCAAACAGAAAACAGUCAAAUACAUCAAGAAGAAGAUCAGGGAGAAUCCAUCUCCAGAGAAAUGCAUCAAUCUGUUCCACUGUCUGAAUGAACUGAAUGAUCAUUCUCUAGUGCAGGAAGUAGAACAAUACCUGAACAGAGGACAUUACAAGUGUCUCAGUGGAGUCAGACUCUCUCCUGCACAGUGGUCAGCUCUGGUGUUUGUGUUGCUGAACUCAGAAGAGAAUCUGGAUGUGUUUAAUUUGAGUAAAUAUGACAGAUCAGAUGAAUGUCUUCUGAAGCUGCUGCCAGUCGUCAAAGCAUCCAGAAAAGCUGAGCUGUGUUGGUGUAAUCUGACAGAUGAGAGCUGUAGAUUUCUGUCCUCAGUUCUCAGCUCAAACUCCUCCAGUCUGAGAGAACUGGACCUGAGUGAGAAUAACCUGCAGGAUUCGGGAGUGAAGCUGCUCUCUGCUGGACUGGAGAAUCCACACUGUACACUGGAGACACUGAGGCUGAUAGACUGCAGUAUUACAGGUGAAGGUUGUGCUGCUCUGGUUUCAGCUCUGAGGUCAAACCCCUCAUCACACCUGAGAGAACUGAAUCUGAACUACAAUAAACCAGGAGAAUCAGGAGUGAAGCUGCUCUCUGAUCUAUUGAAGGAUCCACACUGUACACUGGAGAAACUAGAGCUGUGUUGGUGUGAUCUCACAGAUGAAAGCUGUAGAUUUCUGUCCUCAGUUCUCAGCUCAAACUCCUCCAGUCUGAGAGAACUGGACCUGAGUGACAAUAACCUGCAGGAUUCAGGAGUGAAGCUGCUCUCUGCUGGACUGGAGAAUCCACACUGUACACUGGAGAUACUCAGGCUGAUACACUGCAGUAUUACAGGUGAAGGUUGUGCUGCUUUGGUUUCAGCUCUGAGGUCAAACCCCUCAUCACACCUGAGAGAACUGAACCUAAACUACAAUCAACCAGGAAAAUUAGGAGUGAAGCUGCUCACUGAUCUACUGAAGGAUCCACACUGUACACUGGAGAAACUAGAGCUGUGUCAGUGUGACCUCACAGAUGAAAGCUGUAGAGUUCUGUCCUCAGUUCUCAGCUCAAACUCCUCCAGUCUGAGAGAACUGGACCUGAGUGUCAAUAACCUGCAGGAUUCAGGAGUGAAGCUGCUCUCUGCUGGACUGGAGAAUCCACACUGUACACUGGAGACACUGAGGCUGGAACUCUGCAGUAUUACAGGUGAAGGUUGUGCUGCUCUGGUUUCAGCUCUGAGGUUAAACCCCUCAUCACACCUGAGAGAACUGAAUCUGAACAACAAUAAACCAGGAAAAUCAGGAGUGAAGCUGCUCACUGAUCUACUGAAGGAUCCACACUGUACACUGGAGAAACUAGAGUGA